CACACCAAAACCGAAUGCAAUGCAAAACAGAAAACAAAAAACAUAUAUUACUGCUGGAGUGCGAAACAGGAGUAAGUUAAACGCGGAUGGUUUUAAUUAAACAAAAAUUAGUUUUUAAUUACAAGAAAGUUAAAUAUGCGUGGAAUGUGUGUGUGCAAGCGUUAAUAAAAUAUUAAAAACGCUAAAUUUAAUAUGUGCGAGUGAAUUAAGUGAUAAAUGAGAAAUAAACAAAAUUGAAUACCAACACGAAAAACUAAUUGGUUAUUUUCGAUGUCAGCACAACGUUCGGCGGUGUAAACUCUUUAAACGCAACGUCAACCGGCAGUGAACAUGGUGAAAAUUCUGCAGGCCUAUAAUUUUGCCAAGCAGCACACAUACUCGCUGAAUGGUGACAUUCUCUCCGCCUCAUUGAUAGAUUCCAGUCGCAUUGCCGUGAGCAGUGCUGAGCAGUUUAUCGAAAUCUACGAUAUUGGUGGCAAGCAGCGACGCAAUGAAUUGAAUGGCAUCGAUUUGAAUGCAAUCACCACGGCUAGUGAGUAUGCCGCUGCUGAGGCUGAGGCGGCGGCGGCUGCAGCACAAGCUGCCGCAGAUGAACGGCUGCCCACGAAGUAUACGCUUGCAACGGUGGGUGAGGUGGUGCACUUGAUAUACUGUGAAGCAGGCAAAUAUCUACUCACAUUGGAGAAAGAAACACUCGGUACGCCAGUACAAAGUGGCAACACCGGCAUUAGCUGCACCAGCAGUAGCAGUAACACCGUUAUUUGCCCCGAGGAUGAUACGAAAAUGUUUGUGCGCAUUUAUGCCAAUUUUUGGAAAUUCUCCGAAGCAAAAUUAAUCGAUCUACCCAUUACUAUACGCAUAGCCUCCAUGACCACACCCAAGGCACCGCUAGUGGAGAGCAUCGAUGUGAUUGAGCUACCGCUGCGUAGUCCACCCGAUCUCAUACAAUGCUGUCAGACAUCGGGCAAUAUUAUAGUGAGCAGCAAGGAGCGCAUCUAUCUGUAUGAAUACACCCAAUGCACACACGAGACCACGCAGCCGCGGUUCUCCUACAUCGACUUUCUGCCGUUUAAAUUUUUUGUGAAUCUCAAUUUUGUGCCGCUGCGUCUGUGUCUGGCCGAGAAUGUUAUAGCUGCGAUGAAUAAUCGCUACUGUGUCGCUUUCAAAGUGGUCGAUGUGGUGGGCAGCAGCGCUGCUGGUGGUGUACAUUGCAGUCCAUUGGAUAAUGAUUACGGCGGCGGUGGUGGUGUCUGUUUGGAGGACGUCGCGGAUGUGGAUGUCGACGAGGCUAUCUCUAGCUCGGAAUCGAGUCUAAUGAGCAAGGCGAGCGCUGGUCCCUCGAGUCACAACAGCUUUGAAACAGAUUCGUUGGAAACGACAUCAAGUGGCCGGCCAAUGGGUGUGGCCGGAUUUCCCGGACGCACUCCAAUCGAUUUCAAUGUGGCACGCAUUGUGAACUCGGCUUGUGGACGUGAAUUCGAGGUGGAUUUAAAAUCGCAGUGGGAGUUGGGUGAUGCCAUAAGUGUUGGUGGUGCGGGUGGCGGCGGCGGUAUGGGCACGACCUCGCUUGGCAGUGGUGGCGUUUGUGUUGGCGAUACACAAGAGAUUAUAAUUAUGCCAGCACGCGCUAACGAUAUUAAAAUUAAGCUGGUUAAUGAAGCGAAAGCUAUGAAUGUGCAGCGCGUCUCCAGCCAUGGCAACAUGACGUACGCUUACAACGAGGACACCAGUGUACAAUAUGAUGUACGUAAACUGCUGCAGAUCUGCAUGAAGUCUUCGGAACCGAAUGGACGCAUUGUCGAUAUUUUACGUUGCAUGGAUCUGAAAGCGAUCUACCAACGUAAUCCACAUGAGGAUGACUUGGAGGACUCCGAAUACGAUAUGGGCAAUCAGCAGGUACCUGGUGCGGUGACCACUACCAAACACGCCAAUCGGCGUACACUCAAAUCCGGCAAGCAUCAGAGUUGCGUCGGCUAUGCUUUGUUGGUGGCAAGCAGCGUUGACGGUUAUCUAUAUCAGUUCUGUGCACAAGGCAAAUGGUAUAGUGAGAAUGAGAAGCCUAUUGCCACGUACUCUUUCACCGCACCCGUUUUGAAGGUGCACAUCAACGAUUACGUCAUCUAUGCCAUCACCACAGAGUCAGUGGAGACACACACCUCACGUAUUGGCCACAAACUCUACAACAAUCGUUUUGAAUACCCCACACUGGGUGGCCUCUUCCCCGAGGAGUCCAGUCCCGAUGUCAAUUCGGCCAUUGCUGUCAUUGGACUCUGCGCUUUCAUGCAUGUACAAUAUGUCUGUGUGAAUCGCAACAAUUUAGUGCUAAUUACAAAUAGUGCGCUGGCCAACAACAACAGUGAGGCCAAUAAGAGACGCAGUGGUGGUGGCGUAAGCAACGGUAAUGCCGGUGGACGUAAUAUUGCGGCGCGCAUAUUAGGCGAAGCUAAAGUCAAGAAUUUGCUACGCAGCAGCAGCAACAAUGCAGCGCAGCAAGCGCAACUCAACGAAUGGACGCUCUACAAUUUGGAGGUGCCACCGGUGGAGCAUGUGAUUGAGGAUUUGGAGGCGAUUUCCGAAUCGUAUCGUGCCGCCAGCAGCACAAACUUUUACGAUUUAAUGGAGGAGGCGCACGUUAUGCUGCGUUUGAGUCUCUCGCUGCAAUGCGAGCAGUUGGCCGAGGAGCGCGAACAGCAGCUGCGCAGCAAAUUUGUGGAAAAUUGUCGCAAAUUGGCAGACUUCUCAAUACGCUCGCGCAAGAAGGAGGUUUACCUGCAGGCCACCGGGUUUUACAAAAUGUGCAAUCUGCAACUUGCCGAUAUCUACAGCAACUAUAUUAACUCUUACGUGCAGCCCGCUUACCUUGAGCAACAACAACUACCAUUUGGCAACAACUCACCAGUAAUCGAUGAGACGCAAUUGGUUGGACUAAUAUAUACAGUGAAAAUGUUCCUACUCGGUUUAGGCACCGAUCGUCUAUUGGCCGCCUUUCUCAAUCAGCUGGUGAAGCCAUUUUUCACACCGAAUCGUGUUAUAGAACAAGGCUACCCGCAAGUGCCGUUGUCAUUGGAAUUCCUUAAUAUGUUUAUCAAAUAUUCGCCGGCGGAUAUACCGCAAAUCAUGCUGAAUUCGCCCGUGGUGGCCGACGCCAUAAGUGGCGAGUUGGUUAAUUAUCUAAAAUAUCUCGACAAACUCAAUCCCGAUGAGAAUCUGCUGCUCGCCGUAACAGCCUGUCGCAUGUCCAAUUAUCUGCUCGCGCAGGAAGUAGUCGCACGUCUGAGUCGCCGCGAAUUGGCCGUGGCUCUCAUUAAACACAAGAAUGUGCUCUUCGAUGAUGGCACCGUACUCUUCCAACGUCGCGGUUCGCAGCAUUAUGAUGCCUUUAAGUAUCGUAAUGGUGUCACUGCCACAACAGCUAGUGGACAACAACAACACAAAUCUACAGCCGCAGCACAAGCGGCACGUCGUCAACACAAGCGUAAACCCUCAUUUGGGCAGCCGCAAACGACGAAUGCUUUGUUGGCACCAACACACACCGCUCACGGCGUGAUCUCUUUCUCUGACUUUACGGAAACCAUUUUGUUGGCCACCGAGAAUACGGAUUUGAUUGAGGCUAUCAGCGAUGUAUUUAUACAUGCGCUUUGCAUUGAGCAUAGUAUUACGUUGGAAAUCAUUUUACAACUCUUCCUCAACUAUAUCGCCUCGCAUAUCGGUCACAAGGGCUAUCAGACGUCGCAGAAGGUGUUUGUGAAUAUUUUACAGGUCUAUUACUAUGAUUACUUCGAUGUCAAUCCCAUGCACAAUCCACAUGACAUGCCUUCAAACUCACCGCCCCACUUAGUGGGCGGCGAUGAAUACGAUGAAACUUCCUCGAAAGCGCCCUCAUUGAAUAGCGAACGCGACAACGAAUCGAUCGCUAACUCAUUGCCCGAAUCGAAUUCCGGCGCUAGUUCAUCCAUGGACGAACGUAGCUAUUCGCAUGCCACAAAUCGUAAUCGCAUCGUCUACGAUCAACUGCACGAACACAACUCACCAUAUAAGCGCAACACAACGCUCUCACCAAUACAACUGGACACAAAUGAACAGCAGAGCUCCUCACAAGGCAGCAACGAUGCCGAAACGAAUCUAAAGGGACUCAAAAUACUAUUCCGCAUGUAUAUGGGGCGGCUGAAGUCGUUGAGUGAUCUCAUCACCGAUCUACAAUCGGCCGAUGUUGAGCAACAGCCGGUUAAUGAGGAUUGUGUCAGUCUACGUAUGGAAUGCAUUAAGUUCAUGAUACGUCAUUUGCAAGAAUUACGCGUACAACAACAACAACAACAACAAAAUAAUUUAUUGCGUCAAAACGUGGGCACACAGUACUAUUAUGCGAAAUCGGCCAGUUACAGCGGUGCACAGCCAACGGGCGCGCCAGAGGAGCGUAAGAUUAUCUAUGUGCCAUUCAUACCGGAUUAUAAAUUAUGCGGCGAGGAGUUUGAACGUCAUAUAAAAACCUAUUUACGUCCAAUACCCUGUCUGUUGGAGCGGCCACAAUAUCUAAAUCGUUUGCCGCCAUUUAGGCGUGAUGACUUCAGCUUUCCCAAUCGCGAUGAGGGUGAGUGUGAGGUGCGUUUCUUGGGUUGGCAUAACGAGCUGUUGACGCUAACGCUGAAGAUACAGUCACUUUUGGCUUCUACGAAAAUCGAUCGUGAGAUUAUUGAAGAGUUUAUUGCUUUCAUACAAAAGACGCCAGAUUUGAUUGGUAUCGAUAGUUUUCUGGUUAUUGUUUUACCCAAACAUUUAGCCAUCAAUUAUAUGCUGAAUUUCUGUCCGGAAUAUAUGUGGCAGUAUGGCAAGUCUAACGGCUUUACGCCCAAGCACUGGGAGUCGCUACUGAAGAAAAUCUUAAGUAAACAACAUUUGGUGCCCAACUGGAAGGCGCAUAUCACUGAGAUUCUCAACAAUCUGGUGGCCGAAUUGUCAUUCGAAGAGCUACUACAAUGCUUCCCGAGUGAAGCAAUCAAACACCAGAAAACCGAAGCUUUUCUAAAGGAAUUCAACGAUAACCGCAUCAAUUAUGUCAAUGACAAACUCACAUUCGAAGAGUUCAAUAAGCCAACACAAGACUUGUGCGACAACGAAACACUGCUGCCGCGCGAACAUCUGCCCAUGGACAACAUCGAUGAGAAUAAUGUGUUUGAGCUAACAUUACGCAAAGCCGUUUCGAAACAGCGCAGCAUUGCAUUGCGUUCGAUGAUCGAAUCGACGGGCACACAGCUAUUCGAUGCUACUAGGGCUAUACCAGUGUACACCAUGAAAAAUUAGGCGAUUUUCGUGAAUUAGUGAAAGUACUCGAUUGAUUAACGGAGCUAUGCGCUGUCUUGGGAGGUGCAAAAAAAAAAAGAUCCUUAACUGAUGACAUGAUUCCGGCCGAAUGAGUAGCUGAAGCUAAAAAAAUCAAAAAGAGUAUUAAAGUUGAAGGUAUUUCCUAUACAAUGACCUAUGAUUUUUGAAAAAUAUCAAAAAUUAACAAAAUGGCGUAGUUCUGAAAAAAAUUUAAUUUUUUUAGGUGAAAAAAUUGUCGUUUUUUUAAUGCCAAAUUUACUAAUUUCAACAAAUCAAAAAGAUCGUAGUUCUUUAUAUAUUAAAUAUAUUCAGGAAUACUCAUUUUAAAUUUAAUCGACCGAUCGGUCAAUUUCUCGUUGAGUUAUGAUGUCAGCAAUUUUGAGAAAUGUCGUUUCGAGAAAAAAGUUUCAACUAGAACGCUGCCAUUCAUAAACUAUUCAAGAUACGACCUUACCGCUUUCACAGGAUAUUUUUGAGGCUGUUAACUAUCAAAUAAGCAAAAAAUAAAAAAAAAAUCAAUAUUUUGAGAAUGUCACACUGCUAUAGCCCCUUAAGUGAAAUUAUGUGUUUGUGUGGUAUUAAUUUGACAGUAUUUGUUGUAUUUUUCACAGUUAGAAGCUAUAUACUCGAAAAAAAAUUAUAAUAUAAUAAUAAUAUAUAUAUAAUUUUAUUUUAAUUUUUUUUACUUUUUUUAAUUUUUUUUAAUUUUUUUUUACUUUUUUUAAUUUUUUUUUUUUAUAAUAUUUCGCGUCAAAACUUCCAUAAACUCAAAAUCAAUUUUUUUAAUUAAAAAGUUUUAAGAAGAAAAGUUAUAAAACUCAAAAUAAUUUUUAUUUAAUUUGAGAUUUUUAAGAAAAAAGUUGUAAAUUAUGCUACCAACAACAAAGAUUUGUUGUUAUACAAAAUACUCAAGCGAAAAAACCAACAAAUCUGUGAUGCUAUCACGUGGCUAUUGUUUAAGCGUUAAAUAUAAUAAAAUUAUUACAUUUAUAUUUAUAUUUAAAUUGCAUUUAUAGGCUUAUAUAUAAAAUAAUUUCGUAUUAUUAAACAGUAUUUUAUGAUUUAACUAACUUACAGUAAUCGUAUAGUUUUUAAGCAUUUUUACUAAGCAUGCUUGCUGUCUGUGCAAAUUAUAAAUUAUAUUGUAUUACUAUAUACUUUUACAGUUAUACAAACAAAUGCAGCUUAUAUAUUA